CUCCCAAGGCGACGGCACGGGGCGGGGGCCUACGCGCGGGGGCGGGGCCGCGGCGACUCCGGGCAGGCGGGCACGGAUGGCGGCCGCGCACCGUCCCUGACUUGGCUGGGGCCAUGAGCACCGCCCGGCCCCAGUUCAGCAUCGAUGACGCCUUCGAACUGUCCCUGGAGGACGCGGGCCCUGUGCCCGAAUCCAGCGGGGUCUCCCGCUUCGGGCCGCUUCACUUCGAGCGCCGGGCCCGGUUCGAAGUGGCCGAUGAGGACAAGCAGUCCCGGCUGCGCUACCAGAACCUGGAGAACGAUGAGGAUGGAGCCCAGGCCUCUCCAGAGCCAGAUGGAGGAGUCAGCAUCAGGGAUUCCUGCCGAACAUCCAUCCGCAGCUCUCAGUGGUCCUUUAGCACCAUCAGCAACAGCACACAGCGCUCCUACAAUGCCUGCUGCAGUUGGACUCAGCACCCUUUGAUCCAGAAGAACCGCAGGGUAGUGCUGGCCUCCUUCCUGCUGCUGCUGCUGGGGCUCGGUGAGGAAACUGACGCCUUACAGGGGCAGACCCAGCCUCCUGGUCACACAGCCAGGAAAUCACACGCUGUUGAAAAUGGAACCUGUGCUCAUCCUGAUCGGCGUGGGACUGGAGGUGGCCCCCUCGCCAGGUGUCUCCAGCGCCAUCUUUUUCGUGCCUGGCUUUCUCCUGUUGGUCCCUGGAGUCUACCACGUGAUCUUCAUCUACUGUGCGGUCAAGGGCCACCGAGGCUUCCAAUUCUUCUACCUGCCCUACUUCGAGAAGUGAACUGACAGCAGACGGCCGGGAUCCACGUCCACCCUGGCGACCUGUGCAGCCUCCUUGUGUCCCCAGGGGCCGUUCCUCGGCCCGCGCCGCUCCGGUCCGGUCCUUCAUAUCAACGGAAAAGUCCCUUCAGGACCCUGGAACCUCCAGCCGGGUCUGGAAUUUGCUCAGGAAGCUUGGGCCCCGCGGCCCCGGGUCCACUACCUGGACCUGGGAAGGUCGCCGCCCCUCACCUGCUCUGUGCCUUAACUUAUUCUCAGGCCCUGAGGCUUCUGGGUUGGUAGUGUCUCGUGCUAAUAAAUGGGUACUUAUGGCCAGCAGAGACAAUGCUCUUUCUUUCCCUCCAGCUCUGCCCAGCCCACCAGCCUGGCUACAGCCCCCUCCCUCAAAGGCGGAGCAAAGGAUUGACCCUGGGGCUGAGGUGCAUCAGGACCACACAUC